AUGCCUGUUACCAUGAGAGCGUCUAUACAUAACUCAUCUGCAGCCCAGGAGAUAACCAACGACGGUGUUCGAAAGGAUGGUGUAACGUCAUCAUUGCUGUCCUCUACAGCUCUGCCCCAUAUGACCUGGUCAACGAAUGGUUUCACAUCUUACUCUGAUAAAAGCCCCAGUAAUCAAGAGUCAAACGCGACCGACUCGGUAGAAUCCUCAGGCAGCGGCUCUACCAAUAUGCCUAGUUAUGAAAACGUCUCAACAGAAAGUUCGUUUACUGAGAGGGUGGAGCUGAUUCAGUGGAGCUGGGGCACGGUAACAUGGUCCUGGUGGUCCUCACUGACACUGAUGUCCUCUAUCUUGGGUGUCCUAGGUAACCUAAUCGUCAUAGUAGUCAUUUGGCAACGUAGGAUGAUGAGUCGCUCCACUGACACUCUCAUCAGUUCACUUGCGGUAGCUGACUUCUGCACCUCUAUUUUCAUCCUUCCAUUGCCCACAGCAGUUACUAUUCCUUCUUCAAUUCUAGGGGAACUCUAUUGCCGCUUUAUUUUCACGUCCUACUUCUUCUGGUUGUCUGUCGGAUCGUCAAUCUACACCUUGACCUUAAUCUCUUUGGAGCGUCUCAUCGCGGUGAAGUAUCCUAUCGAGUUCAGUCGCUUCGCCAGUAGACGUCACACGUCUCUAGCGGUUGUCACCGUCUGGGCUGCGGUCAUGAUCAUUGACCUCUUCCUAAUUUUGACUUGUUCUGUAGACGGCACUAGACACACUUGCGUCGUGAGGUUUAACUCUUCAGCCGGACAGUACACCGUUGGCAUAUUAAUUUUCAUGGUAUACUUUGUGGUACCUACAACCAUCAUGCUACUAGCACAGGCUGUCACUGCGUACAUUCUCCACAAGAAUUCCAAACGGUUCCGAGGGGGCAACGACCGUAAAGACCGUUCUAAUCCGUCCUACAACCUUCUGAUCGCCAAGAACCGAGUCCUCAAGAUGCUAUUCAUGGUUGUCAUGUUAUUCAUCAUUUGUUGGGGACCGAACAACAUUGCUUACUUUCUCUACAACGUCGGCGUCAUAAGUCCGGGUUACCUCUACGGCGACACAAAUCAUAUUCUCACUCUCCUUGCGUUCUACAACUCAUGUCUGAAUCCGAUCGUCUACACAGUUCGGCAUCCGAAGUUCCGUGCGGCAAUCCGCGGAUUGUUUACAGGUUCCGAACCGGAGAAAGAUGCUCUUUUCGAAUACAAAACGGAAUCCAAAGCUCCGUCUCAAACCAAGGAAUAUGAACCAAAAAUUUAA